AUGGAAAAUCUAAGUGACUAUUCUGAAGAUGUACAAGAAACACUUCUGAUGAGAGCAAGAAUAGCCAAUCAGGAUAAAACAAACAUGACUAUUUGUAUUCACCACAGCAAAAUGUUUGGCCGUGUGUUUGAAAGACGAUUCAACAAAUGUUGUAAUAUUUUUAAUUCCCAUAAAGUUAAGGCUAAGGGUGGCCAUGUUAUUAUCCUUCAUCUUGCAAAGCAACUUAGAGAGAAAGGGCUUGAUGCAAUAACUGGCUGGCAACUAUGCAGAAAUUGUUUGCAGAAGGCCACAGAUGAGGAACAAAGUGUUAAGACUGUAGAUGCAGAUGAUGAAAGUGACUUAGAUAUCACAGACAUUGAACAAGAUCUAGCAAGAGAUGCUGCAAAAGAUGUAAUGAAUACCAGUUUUGAGGGACUAGCAGUUUCUCCUGUAAAAACACACAGUCUCAAAGCAACGAAAAAUCAGUGA